GUCAUUUCGGGAAUUUGACAGUAGGAGUGUCAAACGCAAUAGAACAAAAAUAAAUCACGUCGGAAGAUUUGCCAAUUUCCUACAUCUAACCGAAAUAUUCUGGAAUUUUGUGAAUAUUACUUUAUUAUAUCAUGAUUUACGCGUUCCGAAAUAGAAUCUGUGCGGCUCGUGCUUUUUUAGGUUAUAUAAACAAAGCCGCAGCAGUGCGAGCUGCAGCAAGUUUGCCACUUCCAAGGCACUACACAACCAGUGUCGAUAAUAAUGCCCCAGUCCAGUUGAAGGAGAACCCAUUUGCAAAGGAAAAAGUACAGUGCAUUUUGUGCAAACAUGGUAUUAAUCCGGAUUUUAAAAAUGUUCAACUAUUGUCGCAGUUUCAAAGUCCCUACACAGGCCGUGUUUACGGUCGACACAUAACCGGUUUGUGCCAAAACCGACACGAACAAGUUGAGCGGGAAAUUAUCAAAGCACAAAAUGCUGGAUUUAUGCCUACGUACCAUAAGGCGGUUGAAUUCCUAAAUGAUCCAAAAUUGUUCGAUCCCGAAAAGGCUAUUCGUCCGCACAAAUAUUAAUCAAUGUUGGGCUGAACCAGUAAGUGCCCAGUCUAAGUAAUGCGUGCUUUUUAGUUCGUCACCCAUUCUUCGUCAUCGUCGUUAUUGCUGGAGCGCGACUCACGAGGUCCCGGUAUCGUACGAUCGUUCAUUCAGUGCGAUCGUAUCCACGCGGUCGGUCGCUCGUCAGUCGUGCUCGCGGUGCGCAUUACGGUUGGUAGAGUUAGCGGAACACAAUUGGUGCUAAACAGUGCAAAUGUAAUUAGCUUAUUCGAAAAAUUAUUUAGUAAAGAUACAACCAGAAAUACAACCUCCUUCAAUCAAGUGCAUAAGAUUUCCGUGACUGCCUGACUGAUUCUACUGAG